CCAUGGGGGGUGUCAGGGGAGUAUGAAAGGACUUGAAGUCGGCCUGGGGGCAGCAAGGGGCUUGGGUUCUGGGGCACAAAAGGAUUUUGGGCAGGGUGUGAGGUUUGGGUGGGGGCUGUUUGUGUUCCCCCCCUUCUGUGCAGUGGAGCCAUCAUGGCUGGAGCUGAGCCGUGACAUCACAGUGGUGCUGGGGCUGGGGGAGCCACAUCCUGCAUCCUGACACGAGUGGUACUGGGGUUUAGAGCCAUGUCCUGUGCUGGACUCCGACUUAAAUCCCCAGCAGGACAGGGGAAUAGGCCAACCUGCUUGGCACAGAGGAGGAAGAGCCACCCACAGCUCUCCUCAGGCUGCCAUGGGACAACGUGACCCAGAGAGCAGCACUGCAGGCACACAGCCCCCCAGACAGGGACAGCACUUGAGCAGGGUACACUUCAGCCACCCCCCGGCCCAGGAGGCUGGGGACAAGGGCACAGUGGGGCACCCUGGGACUGUGCGGGGCAGCUGGGACACUGGCACAAGGCUCAGCAGGUCGGAGACCACCCUUUCAAGGGCCCGAAGGUCAGGUCAGAGGCAGGCAGGUCAGUGCUUUCUACCUCUCCGUGCCUGCCCUGUGGGACGUGGGCACAGUGGCUCAGACAGGGCUGUCCUCACAGGGCACUCAGCAGCCACCACCACCAGCCACCAGGUUGGCUGCCAGCGCUUGCUUAACCUUGAGCAGCUCAAGAAGGCCAAGCUGUAUGUGGAGAUGGCCAUUAAGGAGAAGAAGAUCUUCAUGGUACAGGGCCCCUACCCCGUCAUCCGCCGCCUGCUGCGCGCGCGGGGCUGGGUGGAGAGGAAGGUGCCCGGCCCGGGCCGGCAGCUGGAGCAGCACUGCGGGGACCAGAGCAGGCAGCGGCUGCAGGCGGGGCCAGCUGAUGGCGGUGGCAGGCAGAGGGAGGUGCUGCUGCACCCACGUGGGGCACAGCCUUUUCUGGGGACCCCAGACCCCCUGCACUACCCGUGGCUACCUGCUGAGAAGGAGGAAGAGCAGUGUGAUGACGACCCCAACGGCAUCCAUGACCUCAUGUCCUACCUGGCACGGGACCAGCUGCCAAACUUCAUCUGGACCAACUUCCUCGAGGCCGUUGACCGUCAGCUGCUGCAGGAGGACAGCGUGCUGAACCACUACGGCCGGGUGGACGCGUUCACCACCAAGGAGGGGCUGUGCCUCAGCCUGCAAAACCUGCCGUGGAUCGAGCAAGCUGACCCCAACACUUUCUUCCCCCGGUGCUACCGGCUGGGGACCAUAGAUGAUCGAGAAGCUUUCAUUGAGGAUUUCCGCCUGACAGCAGCACGCAGCCUGCUCAAACUGGCCCUGGAGGAGGCUGGGGACAGGCCAGUGAGGACUGAGCAGGUCCCAAAUUCUGCCACAGGGGAAGCACGCCCAGGCUCCCCCCUGUACCCUGAGCUGGUGGAGGAAGCCCUGGAGGUCUGUAAGCAGCACCUGGGUGUUCUGCACCAUGAGGACAUCGACAGGAACACCCCGUCCCCCUGCAGGACAUGCAUCGACUGGGACCACUUCCUGCAGCAGUACUACCAUGUGGCACACGAGGGGGCAGGGCUGGUGCUGACCAGGCAGCAGCGGAAGGAGUGCCAGAACCUGCUGCACAGUCUGGCAGAGAAGUUGCCCCAGCUCGACAUGGAGGGCAAGCUCAACGUCUGGAUCCUCAAGCCUGGCGCUGAAUCCCAAGGCAGGGGCAUCAUCUGCAUGACACGGCUGGAGGAGAUGCUGCAGCUGGCAUGGAGCUGCACAGCACCCUCGGUGCAGGUGGGCAGAUGGGUGGUGCAGAAGUACGUGGAGCGGCUGCUGACCAUUUUCGGCACCAAAUUCGACAUCCGGCAGUGGUUUGUGGUGACUGACUGGAAGCCACUGACUGUCUGGUUCUACCAAGACUGCUACCUGCGCUUCUGCUCCCGGCCCUUCUCCCUGCAUCACCUGGAGCGUGCCAGGCACCUCUGCAACGUCUCCGUCCAGAAGUGGUACAAGACGUCACCAGACCAGGACCCCCGUGUGCCCCCCGACAAGAUCUGGUCAAACAAGCAGUUCCAGGAGUACCUGGCACAGCUGGGGCGGGCGGAUGCUUGGCACCAGGUGCUGGUGCCCGGCAUGAAGGCGGCGAUCCUGAACUCUCUGCGCAGCGCCCGGGACCGGGUGCGCUUCCGCAAGGGCAACUUCGAGCUCUAUGGGGCAGACUUUGUUGUCGGGGAGAACUGCCAGCCCUGGCUGCUGGAGAUCAACUCCUGCCCCACCAUGAGCCCCUCCUCGGCAGUGACCCGACGGCUCUGUGCCAAUGUCCAGCGGGACACGCUGUGCCUCGUGCUCGACCGCAAGGACAACCCCACCUGCUCCAUUGGAGCCUUUGAGCUCAUCUACAAGGAGGCAGCUGUGCCCAAGCCUCUGUCAGCACGUGUGAAGCUGAUGGUCAAAGGCUGUUCCCUGAAGAACCUCCAGUCAGCACAAGAGGAAGCCCAGGACAAGCCCCCCACCCCUGUGGCCAAUACUCUCCAUGACCCCGUGUCUCCACGGCCCAGAGCCACCCAUGUAGCCAAGCGAGCAUGGGAUCCAUUCCCCACCACUGUGCCCCGUGCCCCCAAGCUCUCUGUGUCCCCAGGGGCCAGAGCCACCCGUGUGCGCAAGCGAGCACAGCGUCAAUUCCCCACCACUGUGCCCCGUGUCCCCAAGCUCGCCCUGUCCCCAGGGGGCAGAGCCAGCCAGGUGUCCCGGAGAGCACGGCAUCGAUCUCCUGCCAUGGUGUCCAGUUCCUCCAAGUCCUCUGUGUCCCCCAGGGGCAGAACCACCCAGGUGUCCCAGAGAGCACGGCAUCAAUCUCCUGCCGUGGUGCCCAGUGCCUCCAAGUCCUCUGCGUGUUCAAGGGGCAGAACCAGCCAGGGGACCCAGCCCAGAGCAGCAGCUAAGAAGCUGCCUCCUCUGGAGCAACAGAGCCACUGCCCUUCCCUCAGCUCUGACCCCCCAGCACCACCGAAGCCUCGGGGCUCCUCUGCUGGGAGGCAGGGGCUGCCACGGCUCGGUCACCUGCCCCAGAUCACUGGCUGUUCCCUGGAUUGGGUGCCAAUGCCACCACCCCGGGGAACCCCCAGAAACCCCUGGCUAGCCCAGGGUUCUGCACGCUCCUUACCCCAUGCCAAGCCCCUGAAACAACCUCUGUCUGCACAGAGCACCAGGACCCCGUGCCUGGAGCACAAGGACACAGCAGCUCCCAAUGGGAGGCAGAAAACUUGGGACACUGAGACACCCCCAGGCGUGGACAGCUCCCUGCCUGUCCUUGCUGAGCCAAUGCUGGCUGCCUCUGAUCCCAAAGAGCUCUCACUGCUGUGCCGUGGUACCCAGCUCCUCCCGCGCUUUAAUAUAAUUCUGUGA